GGACCCAAUAACGAUACACUAAAUCCAAUCCAGACUAAACAAGCACCUCUCCUCUGAUGGCCUCCUUCUUACAACAGUUAAGACUACUUCUCUGGAAAAAUGGCCUCAGUGUCAUCCGGCAGCCCACCUGGUCGCUGGCUCUCCUUGUCUGGCCACUUGUGAUCUUUAUUAUCUUGGCGAUCACCCGUUCACAGUUUCCACCGAAACUCAGAGACACGUGCUAUGUGGCGCCUAGAAACCUUCCGAGCACCGGGUUCUUCCCUUUCCUGCAGACACUCAUGUGUAGCACCGACAGUUCAUGCACCAGCAAAUCCUACCUAACAGAAGGACAGUCCAAAUCGUACUGGUACACAGGUCGUCGCCACCGCAGGGAUGCUGAAUCUCACAAUCUACCAACACUGUUCCAUGGCCUGCCUCCACUGGCCCAUCUACAGAAGGGAGGACUGAUUCACUCAAUCCUUAAAAGGGAUACAUCAAAUCCAGAGCUCCUAGUGCUAUGGGAUAGGAUGCUCAAUUCCAGCUUUCAAAACAUUCCCAAUGUGACUUCAGUCAUGCAAACUUUUAAUAACACCGUACUGGUUGAUCAGACAAUGGAGUCUGUUUGGGAAUCUGUGAGCGUCUUGAAAAAAUCCUUAUGCAGCUUCUCCGUGACUGCCAUCAACACAUCAGCCAGUACCCAGGAUCUCUUUACACAAGGCUUAAUAAACUUCUGCAGCUCCAACGAUACUGUUCUGGAAGCAUCCUUGCUCACCCUGAACCAGGUGCUGACAGAAAUGCUGCUCAAUAACCCGACAGAAGUAUUGGGAUCAAUUGGAGGGACUGUGGUGGUCCUAGAUAUGCUUCAACAGGAGACGUCAGUGUGGGACUUCCUACUUGGCUUGCCUGAUCUCUUCCUAAAGCCAACAGAUGAAGAGAUACUAAAUGCUGGAGCAGAGGAAUUGGAAGAUCUUAAAAAUGCCUUGACAUUUCUCCAGAGGACUUUCCCUCAUGCCAACAUCUCUACUGCUGUCACAAACCCAGUCAUCACUAAAGGCAUUGGCGUUCUCAACUACAUGAGUGCUUGGAAAGGGAGAGAUGUGUAUUUCAAACUGAGUGAUGUCGUGACCCCAAGCAGCAUUGCUCUACUUAGCUCAGACAUGAGAGACCUUAUCAACCAAAUCCAGAUUCCUCUCGAUAAGACUCAAGUGCUGUUCAACGAGGCAGACUUUCGUACCUUUUUGUGUGACCAAAACAUCAUCGCAUCCUAUUGUUGGAGUUGGGAAGCGGGCAAGAUAUUUGAAGGGAUAAAUACAUGGAAAGUUGUUGAACAGGUGCUGUUGACCUGGAGUCAGACCUCUGCCUCGGCAGACAUAGCCUUCACUAAGGAGGUGUUCAGCAGCUUACUGGGCCUAGUCUCUCCAUCAAGCCUGGAUGCUGUUCUCAAACACACCAGGUCCCAGCGCAGCAGUGAUGCUCAGCCACAGAGCCUGGGGGAACAAUUAGUCUUCGGAUUAAGCAGUACAGCAUUUGAUUUUCUACAAGACAUGCCUGGCUGGGAAUACAUUCAGACUUUCAUGAUGGCUGGCCAUUCAUCCAUGCAGGUGGCGAGAGUUGCAAUGGAAGUACAGCUACCAUUCAUUGAUGUGGUCCUGAGGGAUGCCAAGUAUGUCCAGGAGGCCUUCCUUUCUCUAAUGCAGAAUGAGACCUUUGCUAAGGCCUGGGCUGACCAUGCCAUGGACUCUAUUGUGCAAACCAUGGCCAAUGUUCUAGAGGGUCACACUAGCUGCAAAGACCUUUCUGCUCCCUGGGCUUGGAUGUCAACAUACAGCUCUAUAGACCUUCAGUUGUGGGGCACUCUAGUUUGCGCUGGGAAUGACACACGUCUUGAGGAAAUGCUGUUAACAUCACUUUUGCCAGUAACUGAGAAGAUCCAGCAGUUGGUUGAUGCUGUGAAUGGAACUGUAAUGUACAAUGUCACACCCUCAAUACUUAUGGCAGAGUGGCACAACCUGUACACAACCGCCCUGCAGUAUGUCACUGCCCUCCAGAACUUGCAAACUGUGCUUAAUGAGAACUAUUUUGCAGCUUGGAUCCCUGGGAACAUUUCAGUUGGAUUGUCCCAAAUUCUUUUGACCAGCGCUACUGGCACAUUUGAGAACAUGGGUUCUCUGCUAGAGAACAGCUAUCUGUGGCCCUCCAUGGAACCAUAUGUCCAUAUGGCUUAUUGGAUUUUGACCUACCAACCUAAUGCCACUGCAUCACCAAACUGCACACUUCUUCCAUCUGCCUUCACCUGUCAGACUGGCUUUACCUGGGAAAAAGCUGUUCCACUGAUUCGUUCUUUGAUCUCUGAAGUGUCAAGAGAACCUGACAGCCUGUUAAGACCUCUCCAGGGGACAGUGGCUCUUCUCCAAAACAGUUACAUGCCACUUUUACAGCAAGUCAAUGCCAAUGGCCUACCAGGUCAGCUCCUUGGUAGUGACAUCUCACUACAAGACUUGCUGCUGAACCUCAUUAAUACAGUUGAUAAAGAAAUUCAGCUUCUCUCCAACAUUCAGUCCACACAACAGUUUGACACUCAGCUCUCGCUCACUCUGUUAAACGACAUCAUGGCAGCUCUUGGACUGGGGCAGGUAGAGAACCUGUUGUCAGGAAGUUCCCAAACAACCAGCAUGCACCCAGUCAUCAUGGGCGUCCUUCAGGUCUUGAACAAUGGGUCCAUCCAGAUGCUAAAUGUAGAGGAUAGUUUUGCAGUUCUUCAAGCUAUUUUGAGCCAACUUGGAGCCAUCUUGCCUCCAGAGCAGCAGUAUCAGUUAGAAGCAGUGCUAAAUAAGACUCAUGCCCUCAUUCGAGAUCUGGAGAUCUGUUCAGCUCUUGGCCAGGACUGUGUUGCUGAUGUCCAGAAUGUCUUUGAUAAUCUUGGAGCAAUCCUUGCAUUUGGAAAUAAUAUGACCAUCCCAAUUACACCUCUUCAGGGUAACAUGACUCUCCCUGUUGUGCUUGAUGUUCUCGCUCUGCUCCUGCCAUGGAACAUGUCCCGGCCAGCAGAAGCCUCAAUGGAAAUUUUCAAUAAGAUUCAGUAUCUUCUUGAGCUGGCUUAUGCAUCUCCUGUUUUCAACAUCAGUCAAGUUUUACAAGCCUCCAAUUUCACCAUUUUUGAAUUAGAACAAGUCAAUUCAGUAAUUCAUUCUAAUUGGUCGGCAUCCGUACUGCAGACUCUGAAUAUGGCCAUUCAAAUCCCACAAUGCAUGAACACUCAAACCACACAGUCUCCCCAAAAGCCUCCUGCUAAUGGACAGGCCGAAUGUGUCCUUCAGCUCAUCCAGACUGCUUCUGGUUUACUUGGAGUAAUACCUGUGGCAGAGAAUGCUCAAAUGACUCUUAAUAAUUGGCUUAACAUAAUUUCAGUAGAGUAUCAGAAACUAAAUAACAUGUCCAUUUCUGGAUCUGACCCACUUGCACUGACAGAAGAGGGGCUGAUAACAACACUGUCAGCCAUUAGACAAAACCUUCAAGGUCUUGAUGUGGAGAACAUCACUAAUAUUACAAAUGAGCUCAAAAUUCUGGAAGACCUCUUGAAAAAGGUAUUCAGAGAACGAUACCCAUACCACACCAUUAACUCGACAUUGAUGGUGCAGGGACAGUAUGCACAGAGGGUGUAUGGAGAAAUCACACUGUGGUAUUUAAACAAGCUUGGAAAUGUCACCAGUGGCAGUAUGUUUGCAGAGAUUCUCCAUCAACUGAAAUGCAUGACUGAAAUGCAGGUGGCACUCAUCAAUGCAGAAGCAGAUAUGGUGACGCUAGCAAUGAAUCAGAUCAAGAACUUGACUCAUGUGAGGUUUCCUCUGGAAGGCGAGGAUCUUGUACAUGUUGCCAAUACAAUCAUGGCCAUGCUGCAGGGUGAGCUGGCACUGAUUAAAGGAACUCUUGAGAUCCAGCAGGCGUUCUAUGAUUCUCUAGGCUCCCCAAUGAACAUCAGUAUUCCUGCUGAAAUUGAAGCUCAGAUCAUGACCUACCUCAACUUGACAAGGGAGUGGAUCACUAACCCACAAGUGAUGACAGCACUUGCUAGAAUUUUCCAGUGGGAAAUUAGCUCUGUAGAUAUCACAACACCUGGGAAGGAUCUUGAACAGCUCCUCCAAGCCUUGACUCCCCUACUCCGUCUUGAAGAUAGAGAGUCCCUUGUUGUUGUUGACCAGUUCUCUCAGGCAGUAAACUAUGCUCUACAGGUGGCUAGCACUGAUGGUGGUGUCCAAAGUGAAAACUUCACAGAAGCCAUCAUCAGUGCUGUGAGAGUGAUUCUGAAGAGUAUUUCAAAUGAAACUGGAACACUACCUCAGCAUGUGGUUAACAAUAUUCUUGGUGCUUUUAAUGAUUCACUUCAGCUGAUCCUGAACCCCAAUAUGAGCUAUGCCCAAGCUAACACACUAACACAGGAGACUAUCCAGAUGGUAGAGGGAGCGAUUCAUACCCUUUUACCAGCAGAGGCAGCUGAUGUGUUGGUUCCCAUUAAAAACAGCAUUUUAUCCUAUCUGAAUAAUAUCUCCCAGCCUGCUGGAUUUGAUCUUUGGAAUGAACUCAUUGCAAAUGUGAUGACAGAGCUUCAGAAUUCCCUACCAUCAAACAACACAGCUCAGCCCAUCAUAUCAAUGAUAAUCAAGGUCACAGAAAACCUUCUGAGCUCAAAUGAAAGCAACUUGACAAAGGACUUUAUCAUUAACCAACAACUGACAAUGGCACUUGCUGCAAUCUUCCAGGGGAACGUUAGCUCUGUAGAUCUUGCUGCAGCUGGGGUGAAUCUUGACCAACUUUUGCAAGCCAUGGCCCCCCUACUCUCCCCUGAGGACAAAGCCUUCCUCGCUGUUGCUGAACAGUUGUCUCAGAGACUAACCUACGCUCUACAGGUGGCUAGCACUGAUGGUGGUCUCCAAAGUGAAAACUUCACAGAAGCCAUCAUUAGUGCUGUCAGAGUAGUUCUGGAGAGUAUUUCAAAUGAAACUGGAGCUCUACCUCAGGAUGUGGUUAACAAUAUUUUUGGUGCUUUUAAUGGUUCACUUCAGCUGAUCCUGAACCCCAAUAUAUACUACAUGCAGGCUAACCACCUCACACAGGAGACUAUCCAGAUGGUAGGGGGAGCUAUUCAUGGCCUUUUGCCAACAGAGGUCGCUGAGGUGUUGGUUCCCAUGAAAAACAGCAUUUUAACGUAUUUGCAGACCAUCUCCCAAUCUGCUGGACCAGACAAAUGGAAUGAAGUCAUUGUGAAUGUGAUGAGAGAGCUUCAGAAUUCACUGCCUUCAAACAACACUGCUCAGCCCAUCAUAUCUGUGAUUCUCAAGGUCACAGAGUAUAUUCUAAACUCAAAUGAAGGAUAUACAAACAUGUGGCAUAACCUAGGCAACUUCAGUCUUGGCAGCCUAAAUGAAAUAACAGAACAGCUUACAGUCUUUCUGGGCUCUAUGUCACCAUUCAUGAAUGAGUCCACCCAGACUGUCACAGAAUCUGUAGGCAUUCUGGUCCAGAUCCUUUCCGGGAGUGCUGACCAGCUGACCUUUGACAAGUUGGAGAAGAUGUUGGUUGCUCUGUUUUCAACCUUCAAAGGUACUCCUAUGUGGGAUUCAUUGCCGUCUGUCGUGUCCACAAUUCAACAAGCCAUUGUCAACAGUGCUCACAACAUGCAGGCACAAACAGAGCUCCUCCACGUCCUCCAGCAGCCAUUGUCCAGCCUUUUGCCAGGCAUUGUUCAUGUUACGAACACAAGCAGUUUCACUGCUCAGUCCUUUGUUGGUGGAUUGCUACAGGCCCUUGUGUCAACUGCCGAAGCUGCUCUGCAGGCUGGUUUGGAGGGUCAGAGCCUGAACUGCAGCUACAUGCAGCAAAUAUGGCAGGAUGUCAGAGCUGGUGCUGGAAUAAGUGAAGACACUGUUGCUUUGUGGUGUAACAUCAGCCUACUGCCAGUCAUAGCAGCCUACAAUAAACCAGCUCCAGCCUUUAAUAUGACAGGAAUGGCAAUUAACCCUCUAUGGAUAAACGCCACUGCAGGAAUGAUGGCCGAGUCACUGGAGACUUUCUAUGGGGCGAUCCUGAACAGUACCUUUGCUGUCAAUCACCUUACAGAAGUCCUGUUGCAUUACACUUCAAUGCUAUACAACCUCUCAGUGCUAGAAAUAACAAACCAGGCUGACUGGAAUGUCCAGCUCCUCCAGAUGCAGCUGUACCAAAGCCUCUCCUCAGUACAAAUGGCUCUGGAGCAAAUUAAGACAGAAGCUCCCUGGAUGACGCCAUACAUCGAGGCAAUUGGAAAAACUAUAGAGGUCAUCCUACAGAAUGGCAAUCUCCUUCAGAACUCAACUGUAAGCCCUCAGAUCAUCAUGCAAGCUCUGGAGAUCACGCUUACCGGAAUGAAUUUUACAAAGGAAACCAUUAAUUACAUCCUGAGUGGAGACAUAUUUAUGAACCCCAAUGGAAGCACAGUUGACAGUUUAAUAAAAGAGGUUAUCCAACAAAUCAUUGGUACGGGAUUGCUGGGCAACUGGCCCACCCUUUAUGGAAUAAUGCAGCAAGUUCUGUAUUUGGAAGAAACAAGUGGCACCCUAUGGAAAACUGUUGAUUUUUUCAACUGGCUAUACACUACUCAAGAUACUGGACUAAAUUUGGUCUUGGAGAUCCUGCGCAAGCUAUACGAUAUAGUAAGAGAUGCCCUAACUAAGAUGCCACUGCCGUGUCUCUCAAAAACCUUUAUUGACCUUUCGGGGAAUGUUUUGUACAUGCUGAAACAGAUCAAACUAACCAGUGACCUCUUCGACCCUGUGGAACAAUAUCUAAGCCCACUUAAAAUACAAAUUGCUCAGGGACAGAACCUGCAAGGUCUUGUGUCCCACACAAGAAAUGCCAGAAGAAUUGCUAGCGAAGUACAGAGAGAGCCAGUGGAUGACUUCCUUGACCUUCUUGACAUCGACUACCAAGCCUUGCUUGAAGUUCUAUCCAUUCCACCCACAUCGACUGAAAUUCUGGAGACUAUUCAUGUUUUCUUUGCAAAUCCAGACUUGGGUGUCAUCCUGAAGGGUUAUUUGAGUGAAAUGACUGGAAACACAAGUCAGGAGGAAACCAUUGACACAGCUCUGAACGUGCUGUCCUACUUGACACUCCCUAGCAAUGGACAGCAGUUCCUGGAGAUGUUCAUAGACAUCGGAAGUGAUGGGUGGAAUUUGCAGGACCUUGAUAAUGUAAAGAAAUUUGCAGAGAGCCUAGGAAGAACAAUUGACGUGGCCAUGGUGCUAUCCGACCAGCCACCUCUGAACAUUGCGCAAAGAACCAAGCACAUGGCCCAACAACUUCAAGCUUUGGUGUCAAAUAUCAUCUUACAGGGUGGAAAUGGCACCGACACUGCAAUCCAAUUCCUCACGGCGCUCAACAACAUCCUUACCGAGAACUUUGAGGAAAUCAAGGACAUCAGCCCUCAGGUCACUGGCAUUCUCCAAAACAUAAUUGGCUCGUUUUCCAGUCCAGGGUCGCAGAUGAGCGUAGCAUCCUAUUUGGCAGCCAAGGAUCAAACUGCAGAAGCCUUCGACUCACUUCCCUCUGGAGAGAUAGCUGUGUAUUUCAACAUAUCUGGACAAAUGCUGCAAGCCUUUGCAUUGCUCGAGGCAUAUCCCGGAGACAUAGAAAAAGUCAUAAUGUCCACCAGCAUGAUUUCUAACUCCCUAAACCAUGUCCUUGCCCUCUCGAAUAUCACAGCUCUUCCGAAUGGACAAUCUGUUCAAGAGGUCACCCAUCCCCUCAUCCUUAGCAGUGCCAUGGCCACCCACAUCCUGUUCAACCUCUCCAUGUCAAACUAUAGCCUGAGCAGCGGUGCUGAGAGGGAGAUGCUUUUGACCCAGACGUUCAAUCAGAUGGUUGUCGUUCUCCCCAAGGAAACACACAUGUACCUCUUUGCUAUCAAAUCAGCUCUAUUCACUGCCCUCUCGAGAGUAUCCAACACUGCGGAAAUUACAUCCCACUUCCCAGAAAUCUCCCAGCUGGUUACACAGUCUCUUCUUAACUCUCUAAACAUUACUUAUGAUCCGACAUCCAUGCAUAUGACUCCAGAUGGCCUUGUUUACAUCUUGAUGACCGUGUCUAAUCAAGUGUCCAUGAGUCUCUACGAGGGCCUUAUGUUAUCCGGUUCCCCUAUCCAAAUCUCACAAGCAGUGAACUCUUUAAGUGAGGUUGCAUCUUUCAUAUACUUGAUAAUGCCUGUUGAGGGACGGCCAUACAUCAAUAUCACACUCAACCUUAUGGAGACAAUGUCUUUUGUUCUUAAUGACACCAGCACCUUUGGGGAUGUCAGUGGGGCUGUAUCUCAAGUAACCAGUUCUGUCAACAUCCUUCUGGCCUUGGUGCACAACAUGAACACAAAUUCCUCCAGCACCAUUAUAGGUGACCUAGAGCAGACCCUUAAGACAAUCCUAAUGAUCAUCCAAGCAGACCAAAACCCUUUCACCCAAACAGCUGUUAUUACCCAGCAGCUGCUGCACACCAUCCAAAAUCUCAUCUCGCUGGACAAUAGCAGCAAUGUGGAGUCUGAACUCGCCAAAAUAGUGCUGGGGGCUUCUAGCAUGAAUAUCGGCCAUCUGCUGGGGAUGAAUGACACUAACUGGACCGACAAGCUGCCUGUGCUGUUGACAAACCUCGCUAAUAGCCUUCCAGAAGACCUGCCAUAUUCUUCUCUUAUUAAGUCCAUCAUGAGAAGUCUGGCCAACGAAUCCCAAGAAAAUCUGCAUCUUCUACUGCAAGUGCUAAACACCGCUUUUGAAUUAGGCUCAGCCAACUGGGCAAAUGAGAGUUCGGGCAUGAUACUGGACCACCUGUUAACUAAGGUGUGUGCUCUGGAAAACAUGGCUUCUGUGCAGCUGAUCACCCAGGUUCUGCCUCUGGGUCCCAGAGUGCUAUGCGACACUGUUGUUCCCGCAGUUCAGGCCUUCCAUGUGCUCACAACCAACCUGGUGAACCAAACCACCGACAUCUAUGAUCUGAUUUUCCAGACAUUCAUUGGAGACCCUAACACUUACAACACUGAAGUGGACUGGACAUCAACUCUCUCUCAAAUUGUGGGCUUCAACGUCUCAACUCUGAAAAAUCUUAAUAUCAAUAUUUCAUCUCCAGCUGAAGUGAAAGUUUCAGAGCUGCUGAAAAAUACCACUCUGUUUGUUCAGGAUGUCGAGCGGUAUACCAACUUUCCCCCUCACAUUCUUCAGGCUCUAUUAGAUUACCCUCUACCCAGCAGCAACAUGCAGAUCUUGGCAUGGUUGGCAAACCUGCACCAGUGCUCGGACCCCUCGUCUUUGCAACUGGACCCUGCAGGGCAGGAGAUCUUCAGCACCUUCUGUGAACUGUCACGUGAAUGGUACAGCAUCACGGUUCUCUUUCUUCGCCAUGUGGACACGAAGGCGGCUUUAUUCAGGCUGGUGUUGUCCAAAGAAAUUCAGGAUUUGGUGGCAAUCAUGCUAGAGAUGAUCAAGUUUUUGACGGACAUGAUGCACAAACUGGUACCUGCCCUUAACAAACUGCAGGAAUACCUGACAAACAUUGGAGAACUAAACCUGGUGGCCGACCAAGAGUUCCACAAUCUGGUGAGGGGAAAGCGGUCCACCAUGUCUAGCAGGGCCACCUUUAGUACCAUUGCUCGUGCCUUAUGCAAAAACGGCAUCCUGACGCUGUUCGCCAUCGCAAAAGUUCCUAUCGUAACGGAGACUGAUCCUUCUGUCCAGACGGACCACAAAAGAGAAGAGCUGAUUAAGAAGUUCAAAAUCCCACCCGAUGCUAGUCCCUUCUGUAUGAACCUCUACUUGGAUAUGGUGAACACUACAGGUGGCGCGGUGGCCUGGGCCUUCCUCAAACCCAUGCUGUUAGGACAGGUCCUGUACUCACCAGACACACCAGUGACGAGAGAGCUUAUGAGAAAGUCAAAUUCUACACUGCACCAGUUUGGUGAUCUAAAGCUUUAUGCGUCCGAGUGGAUAGAGUCAUCGUCAUAUGUGAUGCAGUCUGCCAACAUCCUGACAAAAACCUUGCCAAUACUUCAGAAUUCUCUGAGCAAUCCUUUCGUCCAAAACUUCAUUCAGACUCAGACUGGCAUUGAUGUUGCACAAAUGAGUGCAACUCUCAACCAAUUCUCAAACAUGACAGUCCUUUUAGAGAAAAACAAGUUUAUCAUGGAGCAGAUCACCACCCUUUCCAUACUGAUGAUGAACCUUUCCUCCUGUGUCAACUUCGACCGCUACCGAGCCUUCAACUCCACUGAUGAUCUCGACGAGCAGGCGGAGAGACUGGCUCAAAACCGUGAGCUCUACGCCAGCAUUAUUUUCAAACUUCCUGAGGAGACCUCCAGCAGCCUGCCCCCGAACAUCGACUACACCAUCCGAAUGAACAUCGAGAAUGUCAUGCGCACAGACCGCGUACGGAAUCCCUUCUGGGUGAAAGAUGCCUUCAUGUCAUCAACGAAGACCCAGCGGUACAACCGAGGCUUCGUGUACCUGCAGGAGAGCAUCGAGAGAGCCAUCAUUGAAAUGCAGACGGGUAAAGCCAUAGAUGGGCCCGCGGUCCAGAUGCAGGCAUUCCCUUAUCCCUGCUACUACAAGGAUGAGUAUCUCAACAGCAUCGCUUUUGCCUUCCCAAUGGCUCUCAUGAUUUCCUGGGUGCUGUUUGUCGCCCACUUUGUGAAAAAACUCGUCCACGAGAGAGAACUGCGACUUCAUGAGUACAUGAAAAUGAUGGGGGUCAAUCCCGUCAGCCACUUCUUUGCCUGGUUAAUUGAAAGUGCUGUGUUCCUGCUGACGACCGUCAUCAUCCUCACCAUCAUUUUGAAAGCUGGCGGCAUCCUUCCUCACAGCAAUGGCUUCGUGCUCUUCCUCUACCUUUGCGACUAUGGCUUCAGUGUCCUUGCAAUCAGCUUCCUGGUCAGCUCCUUCUUCGAUAAGACCAACAUCGCCGGGCUGAGCGGCAGCCUUAUCUAUGUCAUCUGUUUCUUCCCCUUCAUCGUGCUGAUCCACUUGGAGGACAAUCUUUCUUUCAGUGUGAAGAGUGCUCUGAGUCUCUUUUCUCCGACAUGCUUCAGUUACGCCAGCCAGUAUAUUUCCCGCUAUGAAAAACAGGAAGAAGGCAUCCAGUGGAGCAACAUGUAUAUCUCUCCUCUGGCUGGUGACACUUCCUCCUUCGGUUGGCUCUGCUGGCUGCUCCUCAUUGACUCAGUAGUAUAUUUUAUCAUUGGGAUUUACAUCCGCAUGGUCUUCCCAGGAAAGUAUGGCAUUGGUGUUCCGUGGUACUUCCCAGUGACUCGGUCCUUCUGGACAGAUAUGUUCAGCUGCUGUAGCAGAAUGCCAAAGAAAAUAGGCAGAGGGCUGCUCUUUACUAACAUGAUGCACGAACAAAACAACACUGACAAGAGCAAAGGUAAAAGUAGCUUGGCGGGUAAUGGAGAAGAAGACCUCUCAGGAUUGCCUGUUGGAGUCUCACUUUAUGGCCUGACAAAGACCUACGGCAACCGGCAUGCUGUAGACAAUCUGAACCUUUCUUUCUAUGAGGGACAUGUCACCUCUCUGCUGGGUCACAAUGGAGCUGGAAAAACCACCACUAUGUCACUUCUGACAGGGUUGUUUGCACCCACCAGUGGCACCAUUGAGGUGUAUGGGAUGGAUAUGCAGACGUCUAUAGAUGAUGUGCGUAAGGAGAUGGGCGUGUGCAUGCAGUAUGAUGUCCUGUUUGACCACCUUACCACAAAGGAACACCUGCUGCUAUACGCUCAGAUCAAAGCUCCCCACUGGACCAAACAGGAAGUGAACGAACAAGUGCGAAGAAUCCUAAUGGAAACAGACAUGCACGCCCACCGCCACAAGCGUGUCGGCACCCUGUCAGGAGGUAUGAAGAGGAAGCUAUCCAUCUCCAUUGCCUUCAUUGGAGGCUCACGGCUGGUGGUGCUAGAUGAGCCGACCACCGGGGUGGAUCCCUGUUCCCGACGCAGCAUCUGGGACAUUGUCCUUCAACACAAGCAAGAGCAUACCAUCAUUCUUUCCACCCAUCACCUGGAUGAGGCUGAAGUUCUCAGUGACCGCAUCGCCUUCCUGGAGCGCGGAGGCCUCAAAUGCUGUGGUUCGCCCUUCUACCUCAAAGACAAGCUGGCUAAGGGCUACAACCUCACCCUCACAAAGAAGGUUCAGACUCCUGAUUCAAACGAAAAGUUUAACAUUGAAGAAAUCAGGGCUUUCAUUCAAUCCUACCUGCCUGACGCUCGGCAGAAGGAGGGAGAUGUGGGCGAUUUGGUCUACGCCCUCCCACCGUACACCCCCCAAAAUGCAGCUGUGUACCACUCUCUGCUCACCGGUCUGGAUCAGAAUCUGGACAAGCUUCAGCUGGGCUGCUAUGGCAUUUCCGACACCACCCUGGAAGAGGUGUUCCUGCAGUUGACUCGAGACGACUUGGAGCCUAAAGAAAGGGAAACCUGGUCUGUAUCAGAGUCUGUGAUAGCGAAUGACAUGUUUGCCUCAAGAGACAGCAUUCCUGACGAUCUCAACAGCACGUACCUUGGAGAGAAAGCCAGCCUCACUGGGACCUCAGCCAUGCGUGGGUUUGCUUUGACUGCACAGCGGGUGAUGGCCAUGUUGCUGAAACGUGUGCACCACUCCAGGAGGGACUGGAAGGGGCUGUUCUCCCAGGUGUUGUUGCCUGUACUCUUUGUAAUUGCUGCCAUGGGCCUGGGCUCCAUCAAGAGUGAUCUUCAGCACUUUCCUAAGAUUGUGCUCUCUCCUGCUCUGUACCACGUUGAUGAACAGUAUAGCUUCUUCAGCAAUCAGAAUCCCACCGCCAACAGUCUUUUAGAUUCCAUGAUGUCCUAUCCAGGCAUUGACCACUUCUGCAUGAGAGACCCCACAAAUUCGGUUUGCAAAGAGAGACCUACUGCAGGAAGUGAGACCUGGAUCUCCAGAGGCAACAGCUCUGCUACAUUUACCACCUGCAAGUGUAGCAACCAAGUGCAGUCAUGUCCUGCAUCCGAUCACGAACCACCUCACAAAAGAAAUCCAUCAUCCCAGAUUGUUUACAACCUGACAGGCAUCAACAUAGAGGACUACCUGCUGGCCACUGCCAAUGACUUCAUCAGAAACAGAUAUGGAGGCUGGGACUUGGGAAAACCUCUUCCCAUUGAUCUUAAGAUGGACAUGUUAGAUGUGCCAGCGAACAGAACCCUUAGUAAGGUUUGGUAUAAUCCAGAAGGUCACCACACCAUGCCUGCCUACCUCAACAGCCUUAACAACUUUAUUCUGAGAUCCAAUCUGCCACUUGAGAAACGACAACAAUAUGCCAUCUCUAUAUCCAGCCACCCUUAUCCUGGCCAAGUGCAAGACGAGGAUGUCAUGGUGGGCGGUUUGGUCAGCAUCCUGGUUGCUCUCUGUGUUCUCACUGGCUACUCCAUCAUGACGGCCAGCUUUGUCAUCUAUGAGGUUCAGGAACAUCACACAGGCUCCAAGAGACUUCAGCAGAUCUCUGGCAUCAGCGAACCUUUCUACUGGAUCAUCAACUUCUUCUUUGAUAUGGCUCUUUACAUAGUUCCCGUGGUCCUCUCGGUGGCGAUGAUAGCAGCGUUCCAGCUCCCAGCAUUCACUGACAGGCAGAACCUCGGCGCGGUCACACUUCUGCUGGUGCUAUUUGGGUCAGCAUACAUUAGAGUCCCUUUACCACCAGAGAUUUUCCUGUCACAAGACAGACGUCUCAUUAGAACGUCUUCGAUAGCUUUGCACAUCGUUCUUCCUUCUCUAACUUGCUUUCACUGUCUAUUUCAGAGCAUCCAGAAUGUGUACCAUACCAUGAGCAACAUAUUCCUAGUCUUCCCUCAGUUCAGCUUUGGCAAUGGGUUGAUGGAGUUGGCACGGGUUGACAUGCAGGUGCAGAUCCUGAGCGCUUUCGGAGUGGACGCCUACAAGAACCCCUUCAGCAUGGAUGUUCUGGGCUGGAUGUACAUCUCCAUGUUCCUGCAGGGUUUCAUCUGCUUCACGCUUCGCCUGCUACUUAACAAGACGCUCCUUCGCAAAGUCAGAUGGUUAGUCUGCUGGAAGAAGAACGUUGUUCAGAGCUAUAGCCCCAAUGAAGAUGAAGAUGUGGUGGCUGAACGUCUGCGUGUGGACUGUGGCGAUGCGAAUGCCGAUAUUCUGCAGGUUAACCAUCUGACUAAGGUGUAUCAAAACCUGAACAAGAGGGUACAGGCGGUGAAGAGGCUGUCUGUGGGCAUCCCAGCUGGCGAGUGCUUUGGAUUGCUGGGAGUCAAUGGUGCAGGAAAGACCACUACCUUCAAGAUGCUGACAGGAGACAUUAGCCCAACUGAUGGCUCGGCCAAGAUUCGUGACAUUGACGGGAGAAUGGUUGACAUCAUAGACUGCAGGAGAGAGGGCAUAAACAUUGGUUACUGCCCCCAGGUGGACGCACUGGAUGACCUCCUGACUGGAGAAGAACAUCUCUAUUUUUAUGCCCGCAUCAGGGGCAUCUCCAAGAGGGAGACUGACCGGGUUGUGAACUAUCUGUUGAAAAAGUUGGAGCUGAAUUACCACAGACACAACACAAGUGAGAGCUACAGUUGCGGAACACGCCGGAAGCUGUCGACAGCCUUGGCCCUGAUCGGAAACCCUCAGAUCCUUCUCCUGGAUGAACCCAGCUCUGGAAUGGACCCGCGUUCCAAACGUCACCUUUGGAAGAUCAUCUCUGAGCAAGUGAUGGGCAAAUGUGCUGUGGUCCUGACAUCACACAGCAUGGAGGAGUGUGAGGCCCUUUGCACCCGUCUGGCUAUAAUGGUAAAAGGACAGUUCAGAUGCCUCGGCUCCCUACAGCACAUCAAAAACAGGUUUGGUAAAGGAUUCACGGUGAAGAUGUACUUAGCUGAAGCCUCCUGCGAUGUAGAUAUGAUCAGUAACUUCAUGCAGCAGAAUUUCCCCAGCACGUGCCUGAAGGAUCAUCACUCAAAUAUGGUGGAGUACCACGUGCCUGUUGCUCCCGGUGGUGUGGCUUCAAUCUUUGGUCUGUUAGAGUCCAACAAGGCUGUACUGCAAAUCAAACACUUCUCAGUCAGCCAGACCACUCUGGAUGAGGUUUUCAUUAACUUUGCCAUGGGGAAGACGGACACAGACGAACAGGAAGUCACUGAAGGAACGGACAUUGACAGUCUAGACUCGUACAAUGCUUUGGACUGAUGAAAUACUUGCACAUUAUGGGAUUUAAUUAACCUCAAAAAGAUAUAAAUUUAAUACAUAGGGAAUCUUUUAUA